GAUUUCUGACAGAUCAAACGUCAAACAAAAAUAAAAAACGAAAUAUAAUAAAAAAUUUCACUUCCUUCAAUUCGAGGACAAAUUAAAUUUAUUUAAAAAGUAGAUCCUUGCAACCAUCGAAUCGGUCAAGCUAAAACCUAGUGCCGUCAUCACAUAUAUUUUCGCCACGCCUUGAAAUGAGUGGCAAAAUUCGUUUAAAGGAAAAUGGGCUUCUCGAUGAAGACCCAAUGUCACUACAAGAUAUCGUUUAUAAAUAUAUAUGUGAAAACUUAGAUGUAAUAAGUUCACCCAACAUGUGUGGCACCCUACGUCAACUAAAUGAGGGCAUCGUUCUUCCAAAUGACAUUUGCGAUCGACUGUUAAAAGCAUGCCAACGUUUUCGUCCACAAUUGUGUGAUGAUGUGAUAAAUAUUUUUGAGGAUAGGACACGAACAUCGUUAAAAAUUGUGCACUUGAGAAAUAGUGCUUUGACUAAUACAGGUUUGGAGAUAAUUAUGCGCCACAAGUUGUAUUCCCUUACGAUAUGGUACUGUAAUCAAAUAAAUGUGCAAUCGGCCCAGCUGCUAACGUUGUACGGUGAAGGGCUACGCUCGUUAGAACUCGGUAUUAGCGCACACAUGCUGCAGAAUUCUGAGCCGAAUGAGAAAGAACCCGUAGAUUUUGAAUUCAAUUGCCCGCACCUUCGCCGAUUAGCUUUAAAGCGUGUAGUGGUGCAUAAUGGCUUACAACUAAAUUGUCUGCUCGAACUGACCCAUCUCGAUUUGAAUAACUGCAUAUUAGUGGGUUUCAGUUUGGAAGCGCUAGCUAACCUGCCACAACUGCAUACGUUAAUAUUAUUUAAUGUGUGGCCAAUUGCUAAUCAAUUGCAAGCAAUUUGCUUGUUGCGCCGAUUGCGUACAUUGGACAUUUCAAUCAGCAAUUCGGGCAAUGGACAUGGAACCUACGAUUUACCCGACCAAACAUUGGAAAUGAUAAUGAAUAACUUACGAGAACUUACGCACUUAGAUAUUUCGGGUACAAAUCUAGCGGGCAAUGGGGUGGCAACAAAAGUAUCGAAUUUUAAAUUGCGCACCGACAUACCGGGUCUGGAAUCGCGGAUAGAGCGGCCAUUGCAGUUUUUGGGUCUCUAUCAUACGGCGCAUUCUGCUUGCAAACGUCACGAUAUACCGGCGAUUGAGAUCGCGGGUGACGCCAAUGAAGAUCAAAUUCUUACUGCGGCAAGGUAUUACCACGACAGGCCAAUAAUUCUAACGAGGGUUUUGAAUGACCUCUACCACCUGUUCCGAUUUGAAAUCUGUAAGGAUAUACAUCUGGCAUUGGAUGCAGUGCUUACGGCUAUGGAUAGACAUUUGAAAUUCAAGCAUAUGCAAAUUUCGGGAAGUGCUACGCUGUUUUACAUAGUUAAAGGGCGCGAUCACUCAAAAUUCGGUACGACCUUGCGCUAUCACAUUAUUCGUACGCUACUCAACGGAAUGGAGACGCAUCUUACUGAUGAUACGAUGCUUCGAAAUGGUUAUCUAACGUUCACACAAUUUCAAAUGCCAAGUGAUGUCCUGCUCGUGUAUGAGCGUCUCAUAAAGGUCUUAUUGCAUGGUGUCUCGAAGACUGCGCAGGAAGGCUUUGUACAGAGGAUAGCAAUAUAUUUAUUGAACUCUUUGGCGUGUCAAGUGGAUGGCAAGCAAAAACUGUUCUUAGGCGAGCUGGGUGUCGUUGGUACAAUGUUAAGCUUAAUUAAGGAUCGUUUGACGCGGUCGGUAUUCGAUGAUGUCAUGGAAGUGGCAUGGUCAACAAUGUGGAAUGUAACCGAUGAGACUGCAAUAAAUUGUAGAAGAUUUUUAAAGGGACGUGGAAUGGAGUAUUUCUUGAAAUGCCUGCGUACCUUCCCCGAUCGGGAUGAAUUAUUGAGAAAUAUGAUGGGCCUCUUGGGUAAUGUCGCGGAAGUUAAAUCGCUGCGACCAAAACUUAUGACACAAGAAUUUAUUGAGGUCUUUCGCAAUUUAUUAGUCUCGGCAAGCGAUGGUAUCGAAGUAAGUUAUAACGCGGCGGGUGUGUUGGCGCACAUCGCUUCGGACGGACCUGAGGCAUGGACAAUACCGUCACCAAGUCGGGAUAGCGUGCUCAUACGCUUAGUGGAAGCCAUUAGACGUUGGGAUAUAAGAAGUGGCAGGAACAUUAAUUAUCGUAGUUUUGAACCGAUUUUGGGAUUGGUACGCUGCUAUGAGACGCCGCAAUGCCAACACUGGGCUGUUUGGGCUCUAGCCAAUUUGACGCAGGUUUACCCAGAUAAAUAUUGUCAGCUGGUGAAAGAGGAACAUGGUAUUGAAAUAUUGACUGAACUGAUCCAAGAUCCACGACCAUACGAGGAUAUAAAAUUAAUUGCGCGCAAAGUAAUUGAAAAGUGUACACAUUAGCCCAAUUGGUUGCUAGACGGUUAAAAUCGAGACAGUUGUGUAAAUUUAUGAAAAAACAAAAUUGGUGAGAGUUGGAUAGAGAAUAUCACCUCAUAACAAGUGAGCUAAGCUAACUAAUUAGAGCAAACGGAAGCGAUCGACACUCGCAUAGGCAUAAACAAGCGAGUAUAGGAAUUUGUGUAAAUUUGUUCUCUGCUUCCUCUUAAGAAAUGUUUAUUUUUAAAUGGUAUACUGUGUUUUAAAUUAUACACAAACGAUUAUAUUACACUAUUAUUAAACAAUGGAAAAUUAUUAACGUAGGACGGAAGUCGCGAUAAGAAAUUCAUGGGUUAAGGUAGCUAAAUAAUAAAAAAAGAAAACAGUGAAUUGUCGGCAAGAAAAGAAAUUUAUGGGUUAAGUAAGCUAAAUAAUAAUAAUAAUAAAAAAAGAAAACGUCGUUCCAAUGUUUAGAUCGCAUGUAUAUAGAUUAUGUUUGCUCGAACUAAACUAUUUAAUAUCAAUUAGAGAAACUACAGAAAUAAUAUUGCUUAUAGGAGCUGUUCGCAACUGUGGCGUUUUUUUCAUUAUAAACUCAAAGAGAUUAAUCGCUCAUUUAAAGAAAUGAGAAAUCGCAAAAAGCAUACAUAUAUAAAGAUAUAUGAAAAAACUCUACCCUAGGUGGUGUUCUUAGCGUUAAUAUAUAUACAUAUGUAUUCAAACAUUUAUCAUUCAUUACAUACAUAGGUCAUGUAUAAAACAUAUUUCAUACCAGUUUAUUGCAGCUUACCAUUACAUAAUAUAAUAUACAAUGUAAAUCCAUUAUGAAAUGCUGUUUGUUUUCAUGCCAAUCACAAUUGUAAAUAUUCCGUAUAAAGAAGCCGUUAUAGUGGAGCGUAUAUUUUUGAAUUUUCUUAUUGUUUUUACUAAAAUACUUUGCGAUUGUUCUUUUAAAAGUUGAGCUGUGAGAAAGUAGUGGUAAAAGUUAGGUGACACGCCAAGCUCCUCUAAUUUUGUAUUGCAUAACUUUUCUAACCUAAUGUUUAUACACAUACACAAAUAUGUAUGGACUUAUGCCAGCUAUGCAUGAUUGAAUACAUUUUUAUAUGUUUCGCCGAGUUUAAUUUUAGAUUGCAUAAAUUAAACAUACUUUUCAGGAAAAUAGAUGUUAAUCGAAGGGGGGCGAAGUAGAAGCAAGAUUUUGUGAAAAAUGUUUGAAACACACGCCCGCCGCUCCACUUUCGCCAUAAGCUCUUUGAAAUACAAUAAAAAUAGAGGAAUAGAAACAUACUUAGAUACGCACUCUCAACUUUGACAGAGAAAACUUCGUUUUGAAUGUAAAAUAAAUCGUAAUAAAAUUAUUGAAACUGAAAACGCA